GCCGUCUACACAUCCCGGAUAGUUGAUGUGUGAAUCUUUUCAGCGGGUGGUUGGACUCGCCACCUGUCAGGAAUGGUAAACAGUCCAGUCCACUGACCGCCGCGCCGACCUGUCAUAGGCUACUUUCUCCUUGGGAAACAGUCAAAUAUAUGCAGGCUCGCCUACAUUAGGGAAAUCAACACGGACAACUUUGCCUGGCCGGCUGCGCAAGAGAAAGUGAAGCAGACGCACAACCUGGCAUUGGCGAGAUUAUAAACAGAGUCUGUGAGCAUAUACCCGGGAGGCGCCGACCCCUCUCUCGCUUUGAAGAUUAGAGGCUUGACGAAGUCUGAAGGACACUAAGAACAGGAUUAGGUAAUAUUGUAGUCUAACCUACUUCUCAUCACUCCUGCAUUUCGUCCUCUGAAUAUUUGCGCAAUGACCUUUGGUGCACUUGGAAACCAGCGGGUGCGUCCGUGAGGUGUGUGUGACUGAAGGGAGCGAUGCGGUGUGAUAACAGGAACUCAAGUAAGGUGGGCAGGCAAUAAGGCUUGACAGAAGAUGCGACGGGAGUGGUGGCUCGUCAGAUGGCUGGGGACAGGCAUGGCAAUCCUCUCUUUGCUAACCCACAGCUGGGGCCAGGACACAGAAGACUGGCAGUAUGAUGAGUGUAAGCUGUCCCGGUCAGGCCCCCCUGCCACCAUAGUCACCAUCGAUGAGGAGAGCCCCAACGGUACGAUUCUGGUAAAUAACAUGCAGAUCAACGGCCGUGCCCAGGACCCAGGCAGAACCAUCUCGCUGACGUUGCUGGACAACAACGAUUACUGGGUGAUUCUGGACGCACCAAGGCAGAGGCUCUUCCUCAACAGCACUGGGCGAUUCCUGGACAGGGAUCCCCCCAACUCCAUCAUGACCAUCGUGGUUCAGAUCCAGUGCAGGAGUGAGCUGACUGGUAAUGUUAUUUACCACGAGGUACGGAUCGUUGUGAGAGACAGGAAUGACAACACGCCUCAGUUUCAGCAGCCACGCUACUAUGUUGCAGUGAACGAGCUCACGCCAGUUGGAACGACCAUAUUCACAGGCUUCUCAGGAAAUAACGGUGCUACAGACAUUGAUGAUGGGCCCAACGGGCACAUAGAAUACGCCAUCCAGUACAACCCCAGUGACACGGUAUCUAACAGGACAGUGAGUGUUGCCAACACCCUUUCAGGACACAUUAUACUGGCAGAGCGGCUAAACUAUGAAGAGAGAACUCGCUACCUGGUCAUAGUGCAAGCCAAUGACCGUGCUCCAUAUCCUCCCAACAGACGAACGGCAACCACCACUCUGACUGUGGACGUUUUGGAUGGAGACGAUCUGGGUCCCAUGUUCUUGCCCUGUGUUUUGGUCAGCAACACCCGUGACUGCAAUCCCCUCACCUACCACGUUUCUAUCCCAGAAUUUACCGAACCGAGCAAACUGAACCCACUGAAUGUGACCCCUCCUAUCCGUGCAGUGGACAUGGACAGGAACAUACAGCCCCCGUCAGACAGACCUGGCAUCCUUUACUACAUCCUGACUGGUCAUCCAUCCACAUACAAAGAGUAUUUCUCUUUCAACAAGACCACUGCAGAGCUGCGUGUGCUGAAGCCCAUCAACAGAGAUGUGCAUCAAAGGUUUACACUCAUCAUCAAGGCUGAACAGGAUAAUGGUCACCCUCUCCCAGCCUAUGCCGACCUCAUCAUAGAAAUCCUGGAUGAGAACAACCAGGCACCGUAUUUCCAGUUUGCCUCCUAUCAGGGCUACGUCAGUGAGUCUGCCUCAGUGGGCACCACCAUCUCCGUCAGCGCCAACCUCACCUCCCCUCUGGGGAUCAUCGUUCUGGAUAAUGACAUUGAGGAGACGAAAGACCCCAUGGUGGAGAUUACUCUGGAUGACUACACCACCAUCUUCAGCCUGACCCCGACCGGGAUAAUCCGCUACCUGAGGCUCCUCAAACCUGUGGACCGGGAGAAGCAGAUGACCUACACGUUCACGAUGAUAGCAUCAGACGGGGUCCAGCAGAGUGAACCAGUGACUGUCAACAUUUUGGUCAUUGAUGCCAAUGACAACACACCCACCUUUCCCGAGGUGUCCUACAGCGUUGAAGUCUUCACUGACAUGCAGCCAGGAGAGACAGUAUUACAGCUGACAGCAACAGAUGCUGAUGAGGGGCUGAAUGGUUUAGUGACCUAUGAGAUAGUGACUGGUGCCCAAGGAGAUUUCAUUAUCAGUAGCCACACUGGACGUAUCACUGUGGCACCAGGUGUCAUCCUCACUGUGGGACAGUCCUACGCGCUGACUGUUAAAGCCUCUGACAGUGCACCAGGGAUCCAGCAAAGGAGCUCCAUCACUACGGUGUACAUCGAAGUGCUGCCACCCAACAACCAGAGUCCCCCGCGCUUCCCCCUUUUCACAUAUAACCUGGAAGUCAGUGAGGCCAUGAGGAUAGGAGCUAUCCUGCUCAAUCUCCAGGCUACAGACAGAGAGAAUGACCCAAUCACGUACCAUAUUGUGAGUGGGGAUUCCGAGCAGAUCUUCAACCUCACUGAAACGAUUGGCCUUCUGCUUCUGAGCAAAUCUCUGGACAGAGAGACCACUGACCAGUAUCGCCUGAUUGUCACAGCAUCUGAUGGCCACCCUGGAGGGACGUCCACUACCACUGUGAACAUCGUGGUUACUGAUGUCAACGAUAACGAUCCUCUAUUUGACCUCACCUUACCCACCAAUUUGACAGUCCAAGAAGAAGAGGCCAAUGUGUUUGUAGGACAAGUCAGGGCCACAGAUCCAGAUGCUGGAGCCAAUGGUCAGGUGCGAUACCGGAUAGUGAAUCAUCCUGGCCUGUUCACAAUCAACGUUAAUGGCAGCAUCUUCACAGCGGUGCCUCUUGACCGGGAGCGUAAAAAUCAAUAUAACCUGAUAGUGGAGGCCUCAGAUGGGGCAGUGGACCCUCGACGGACCACGUUGACCCUCUUAGUUGAGGUCACAGACAUUGAUGAUAACAGUCCAGUCUUCUCCCAGCAAACUUAUGUGGUGAACGUUCCUGAAAACACCCCUGUAGGCACUGUGGUCCUGGUUCUAACCGCGGUAGACGCAGACCUGUUCUCCAAUGUCACAUAUCGGAUCAAGACUGAGUCAGCCCGGCAGCUGUUUUCUCUGAACCCUGUCACAGGGGAGUUAGCUGUGCUGCAAACCCUGGACUUUGAGGACCUGGCAGCCAUGGGGAUGGGUGCCUCUUACACUUUCCAGGUGGAGGCUGUCGACCAAGGAGGGGUCACCCCCCCGGGGCUGGCUACAGUCACAGUCCGCAUCACAGAUAUGAAUGACUUCUCCCCCGUCUUCAGCCAAGCCUUAUAUAUAGGCAUGGUGGCACCUGAUGCAGAGAAAGGAACAUUCAUCACAACUGUGUUUGCUGAGGACCAGGACCCACCGGGAACUCCAGCAGCUUUUGUCCGCUACCGAGUGGACAUGGAGCGAUCACCGUACAGCGGGAGCAUCUUUGAUGUGGAAGCAGAGACUGGAAGGAUCAUCACAAGGGUCAACCUCAAUGAAGAGCCAAGUGUUACCUUUCAGUUGUUUGUGAUAGCUUAUGACGAUGGGGAGCCAGUGAAGUUUAACAGCACUUUGGUGGAGAUCACUGUUGCUCAGCCUUCUCUCAUCCCAGUCUUCAAACCAGAUGAGUACAUGUUUCCUCCGGUUAGUGAGCAGGCUCCAGUUGGAACAUCGGUGGGGAGAGUUUCAGCUUAUGCUAACAGUCAAACCAUCGUCUACUCCAUUAUGGCAGGAAAUGAACUAGGUCACUUUAAGAUAAAUGACAAGACGGGCGAGAUCUUCACAGAUCACCUCCUGGAUUAUGAGAAUUUGACCAGCUACAUCCUCAAGGUCCGGGCAGACUCGCUGGAUAUGGUCCAGGCCAACAAGAAUGUGACCUCCAGAAGCAACACAGCCAAGGUGUUCAUUGAGGUGCAGGAUGAGAAUGACCACCCUCCCGUCUUCACCCGACAGCUCUACAUUGGUGGAGUGGCAGAGGACACCAAGAGCUUCAGCUCUGUGCUCAAGAUAGUGGCCACCGAUAAGGACACUGGGAAUUACAGUGCCAUGGCGUACCGUCUGAUUUUCCCACCCACAUCCGAACAGGACAGCUUUGUCAUUGAGACAUACACGGGUAUCAUCAAAACAGCCAUCAUGUACCGCAACAUGCGCAGGGUCCACUUCAAGUUUAAGGUCAUCGCCACAGAUGACUACGGGAAAGGUCUCAGCAGCAGCGCCAAUGUGGUGGUUUCAGUGGUCAAUGCAUUGGACAUGCAAGUUAUUGUGUCCAAUGUCCCACCCACUGUAGUGGAAGAGAAUAAGGAGCAGCUCGUUAGCAUUCUGGAGCGAUACGUACAAGACCAGAUCCCAGGCGCUAAGGUGAUCGUAGAGUCCAUUGGGCCACGUCGCCAUGGCGACGGCUACGAGCUUGAGGACUACAGUAAGUCGGACCUGAUGGUGUAUGCCAUUGACCCGGUCACGAACAGGUCCAUCUCUCGCCAGGAGCUCUUCAAGUUUCUGGAUGGGAAGGUGCUGGAUAUUAACAAGGAGUUUCAGACACAUCUGGGCCAGGGCGGACGCAUCCUGGAGAUCCGCUCACCAGACAUCGUGGCCAGCGUGAAGAAGGCUGCCCAAGCUGUGGGCUACACAGAAGGAGCGCUCCUGGCACUCGCUAUCAUCAUCAUCCUCUGUUGCAUCCCUGCCAUCCUUAUUGUCAUGGUCACCUACAAGCAAUUCAAAGAGCGACAGGCCGAGUGUGCCAAAACAGCCAGGAUUCAGAUGGCUUUACCACCAGGAGGCAAGGCAGCUCCAGCCGCUGCUCCCACCAACCUCUACGAAGAGCUGGGAGACAGCAGCAUGAGGCGAGGCUACGGCAGGCAGCAACAGCAACUGCUGAGGCCAUCUCUUCUGAGACCUGAGGAACUCUCCAUGGAGUCAGGCAUCGACCCAGGCCAAGACUACUACACCCAGGAUUACUAUAAUUACGACCAAGGGUAUGACCUUCCUCAGUACGGCAGUCGUAGGAAGUUGAUAUCCCCUAUGUAUGACGAAUAUGGAGAGGUGAUUAUGGAAGAUGACGGCUAUUACUACAGCCCCCAUGGCCCUGAGGGCCGAGGCAGAGGCAGAGGCAGGGGUCGUGGCGGCAUGCGAGGUAGAGGCCCACCAAAGAGGGUAGGAUUUAGAGACUUACCUCCAGAGGAAGAAAUCGAACAAGCUGAGCCAGCAGAGGAUGGUGAGCCUUCCAAGGCCGCCAAGAGGCUGAAGUCUGUCAUGAAACUCAGUAAACUACUGGCAGCCAGCAAAGGAGGAGACCAGCCAUCUGAUGCUGGUCCUUCUGGCCUCUCUCCAUGGAAGAAAGCCAAGAUGUUCAAGAUGUUUGGCACAGGAAAGAAGGACAAGGAUUAUGCCAAACUGAUGUCAGCCCGCCGUAUUGACAGCCAGGAAAGUCUGACUGGUGGACCAGCAGUUAAGGGACCAAUUGACAGCAAGUCUGAUAGUCGCAGCCGGCUCAGUAAAGUUCUGAAGAAAAUCAACCUCAGCAACAAGUUUCAAGCCCGCAGGAAGUCACAGAGUAGUGUUUCUGCUGUGAGCAGUGUGUGGGAAGAGUCCCCCGAAGUAACCACUGAGGAUGAAAAGAAGUCUAAAGUGUCUAUUAGUGUGACUGAAAGUGAGCCAGAAGCAAGCACAAGUGCAAGCAGUAAGGAGAAAAGCUCUGAUGAGGAAUCCUCAGAGAAAAGCAGUGUUGACAAAGAUUAUCUUAAAGUGGAUUUAGAUAGAGAUGAUGCCAAUGAAAGCACUGUGGACUCCGAGGAAGAGCCCGAUGAAGAGUCAGAGGAGUCUGAUGAGGAGAGCAAGUCUAAGUCAGAAGAAGGAACUGAGGUAUCCAGUGCUGAGAAGGAAUCAGAGUCAGAAAAAGAGUCAGAGUCAGAGAAGUCAUCAGAAGAGUCAGGAACUGAGAAGGAAUCAGAAUCUGAAAAAGAAUCAGAGUCAGGAACAGGCACAGCGACAGAGAAAGAAUCGGGUACAGAAAAAAGCUCAGCAACAGAGAAAGACUCUGAUGAAGAAUCUGAGGAAGAAGAGGCUUCAGGGGAAUCCAGAGAAAGUGAAUCUGCUCGCUCAUCCAUGAAAUCAUCUGCCACAGAGGCCAGCAGGUCGACCAGUGCCUCAGGCAGUGGCAGCGGCAGCGGCGGUGGCAGCGGCAGCGGAAGUGGCAGUGGUAGUGGCAGUGGUAGUGAGAGCGCAAGUGAGAGUGGCAGUGGUGGUGCUAGCAGUGCUGCCUCUGCAUCUGGCUCAAGCGCUAGGUCAUCAGGUAGCGCCAGAUCAUCAAGUGUAAGAAGCUCUGAAAAGUCCAGUGAAGAAGCCACUGAGGAUGAAGGCACAGGGACUGCCAGUGAGAGUGGAUCCAGGACAGGGACAGGCAGUGAGCGCUCCUCCAUGGGGUCCAGUCGGAGCAAAGCGUCUGGAUCAGAGGAAAGUGGUUCAGAAGAGGGAGCCUCCAGCAGCAGAGACCAGAGCUCUCUGGGCAGUGUGGAGGGUUCUCUAUCGACCAGUGGCAGCCGUGGCUCGCAGAAGUCCAGUGGGAGUCGUGGGUCUGAGGACACAAUCGACGAGGAAGGAAGUGAAGAAGCGGGUUCAGAAGAAGAAGACGAGGAAGAGGAAGAAGAAGGAGAAGAAGAAGAAGAAGAAGAAGAAGAAGAAGAAGAAGAGUCAAGCAGCGAGCACAGUGAUGAAGCACCAUCCAGCAGCUACACCAGACCCUCAUACAGCACAGAUAUCAGAAGCACCUCUGAAGAGACAUAUGGAGGACUGUCCCCUAUUACUGAAGUGGAUGAAGAUGCCCUCUCCUCUGAGAGAUCAGGCAGUGCCUCUGGGUCAGAAGCCGGCAGCGGAUCAGGAGACACAACUUCCCUCUAAAGAGAUCUAUGGUUGGCUUCAAAGUAAGACUGAAUAAAAUCAAUUACCCUUGCAUGGGAGUGAAGAGAACAUUGCUUUCCUCUACAGAGUGUUUCAGAUAUACACUUCUCUCUCAUUUCCCCUUAGCAAGGGAAAACUGUGGUGACUCCUGCUGUCGUACUUGAUAGAUUUGCUGUCUUUCCCUUACCUUUGACCUUUCAUGUUCCUUGUUGCCUUCUCUUUUUUGUGCAGCAUUAUUCACUUGUUUUCUCUGAGUGCAACUGUGCAUGUUGUUUUGCUGUGCCGUAAUGUUCUACGACGGUUCUGUUUGCGUGAUAUUGGUUGCUUUUU